AUGGGCAAAAGAAAGGCAAACAAUUCAAAAGGCGGGAAUAAGAAUAAGAAAUUCAGAACUAGCGGGUUUAUUGAUCCAAGCACUAGUGGGAUAUAUGCUACAUGUAAUAGAGGUAAAGAACAGCAAUGCCGAAAGGAAUUAUUAAAUUUAUUUUCAGAUAAAGCUGAAGAGUAUUUUAAUUUGGAUGAACUAAAUGAAGAUUCUGAAACGGAACAAAAUGAGAAGGAGCUUUCAAUAGAAGAAAAGAUUCAAAAAGAAUUGAAUGAUAUGCAAGAAACCAAAGGGACUAAAAAAGAAAUCCUUAAACCAAUUGAUCUAGGAUGCGAAUGCCUUGUCUUCAUUAAGACUAGAAGACCAAUUGAACCAGCAACAUUUGUUGAAAAGCUCUGUGAAGAAUUUUCUCAGUCCAAGGUUAAGACGACAAGAUAUACUCAAAAAUUGUCACCAAUAACUUUUUCGGUUACACCAACAAUGGAAGAGAUUAAAAAGUUGGCACAAAGAGUAUUGGGUCCGCAUUUUCACAACGAAACUAAUCAGAAGCCGUAUAAAUUUGCAAUCCAGGUUUCAAAGCGUAACUUCAAUACCUUACAAAAGCCUGACAUUAUCAAAGCUAUUGCUGAAUGUGUAGGCAGGGAUCAUGGGCAUUCAGUAGAUUUGAAGAAUUAUGAUAAAUUAAUAAUGGUGGAAUGUUAUAAAAGCAAUAUUGGUAUGAGUGUGGUAAAUAAUUAUGAUAGAUUAGAAAGAUUUAACUUGCAACAAAUAUUCGAAAAAGCUGUUGAUAAUGAAUCGAAAGACAACGUUGAAGAAUCAGAAGCUACCCAGACUUUCGAUAACGCAACUAAUCUCAACAAGAAAAAAGAAGUCGAACAAGAUGAAGAUUUGAAAAGGGAAUGA